AUGGUAAUUUCUAUAGGUUUCGAAGGAAGUGCGAAUAAGCUUGGAGUAGGUAUAGUAAAAGACGGAGAAAUACUUGCAAAUUGCAGAAGAACUUAUAUUACUCCACCGGGUGAAGGAUUUCUACCAAGAGAAACGGCAGAACAUCAUCAACAAAAUAUCCAUGAAGUGCUUCAAGAAGCACUUGAUCAAUCUGGAAUAAAACCUCAAGACAUAGACGUGGUCUGCUACACUAAAGGUCCAGGAAUGGGGGCUCCUUUAAUGGUGUGCGCUAUUGUAGCAAGAACUUGUGCUAAAAUAUGGAAGAAACCUAUACUAGGAGUCAAUCAUUGUAUCGGCCAUAUAGAAAUGGGUAGAUUGAUCACUAAAGCAAAUAAUCCCACAGUUUUAUAUGUGAGUGGAGGGAAUACCCAAAUCAUUGCUUAUUCCAGACAAAGGUACAGGAUAUUUGGAGAAACUAUUGAUAUUGCUGUUGGCAACUGUUUAGACAGAUUUGCAAGGGUAUUAAAAUUAUCAAAUGCACCCAGUCCAGGAUAUAACAUUGAGCAGAUGGCUAAAAAAGGAAAAAAAUAUGUACACUUACCAUAUGCUGUUAAAGGAAUGGAUGUCAGUUUUUCUGGGAUCCUGUCAUUUAUGGAGGACAGAAUAGAUGCGCUAUUAAAGGAUUACACACCAGAAGACCUUUGUUAUUCUUUACAAGAAACAGUGUUUGCUAUGCUCGUGGAAAUUACUGAGAGGGCCAUGGCUCACUGUGAGUCAGAUGAGGUGUUAAUAGUGGGUGGAGUUGGAUGCAAUGAACGCCUACAAGAAAUGAUGGGUGUGAUGUGUUCAGAGCGGGGAGCUAAAAUAUUUGCAACAGAUGAGCGGUUUUGUAUAGAUAAUGGGGUUAUGAUAGCUUAUGCCGGUGCUUUGGCAUAUGCAGCGGGUACUCGCAUGGAUUUCAAUGAUUCCACUAUCACACAGCGAUACAGAACUGAUGAUGUCUUAGUUACUUGGAGAGAUGAU